GGUAGUAGGUUAAACAGAGGAUCGUAUUUUUGUUCCUGUGUCAACGAAAAGAAGAAAAGAAUAGUGGCCAGUUAAACCCGGUUAAGUUUUCACUAAAGAUAGUGAAUUGAACAUAAAGGAAAACUCUCCUCAUAUCUGUAAGCACGCAGACAUCCACCGUUCUAGCAGAACUCUGUUUGAAGAUGAACUCCAAUGUGGAGAAUUUGCCUCCUCAUGUUCUUCGUCUGGUCUACAAAGAGGUUUCAGCAUUAGCAGCAGACCCGCCUGAGGGUAUCAAGAUUUAUCCCAGUGACGAAGACAUAACUGAACUGCAUACAGCCAUUGAAGGACCUGAGGGAACUCCGUUUGCCGGUGGCGUUUUCCGAAUGCGCCUGGUCCUCGGGAAGGACUUCCCUGCGGUUCCACCCAAGGGGUAUUUCCUGACCAAGAUUUUUCACCCCAAUGUGGGCCACAAGGGAGAGAUCUGUGUCAACGUAUUGAAGAGGGACUGGAAGGCAGAACUUGGCCUCCGACAUGUCUUACUUACGAUAAAGUGUCUUCUCAUCCAUCCAAAUCCUGAGUCUGCUCUGAACGAAGAGGCCGGGCGAUUACUGUUAGAGGACUAUGCAGAAUAUGAGUCCCGAGCUCGUCUACUCACAGAGAUCCACGCCAUGGGUGGGCCUGGUGGGACCUCUGGGGCACCUCAGGACCCUAAUGAGGGCCCACAGCCAAAAAAGCAUGCAGGCGACCCUACAAAGAGAGCAGGGCCUAGUGCAGCAGCUGUGCCAGCCGCUCUGGGUAACGGAGCUAACGGAGCCAGUACAACCAGCAGCAAUAGUAACAGUAGUAAUAACUCUAGUAAUGUAGCAGGGAAAAAGAAAGCAGAUAAGAAGCGUGCAUUGAGGCGACUUUAAUACCUCAGUCAAAUUCUCAGUGUGUUUGUGUGUGUGAGUGCGAGAGUGUGUAAAUAUAAAUAUUGAAGUGUGCCGAUGAUGUUUUCGUUUCCUUUUCUGACUAUUUCUACCACCUAUCCAGACUUUCCACUUUGUACCCAUAUCUGAAGUUUGUCCUGUUGGCAUUAGAGGUGUGUCAAUUAUUUCCAAGACACAAUGAAAUAUAUUUGUUAGACUUUUAAUAGAAAAAGACAACCCUUAGACUGCUGAAAUCAUGCCAUCAGUUGUAUUUUUCUUGUGGCCAGGUGUGAAUGAACAAUACAGGACUUGGAUUUUACUGUUAAAACAUUGCUUCUUAUUUCUGCCUGACAUCAGCUCUUGUUGAAGUGAUUCUUGGUAAAUGCUGCUGUGAUGGUACUGUGUACUGCUCAGCCAGACUCACUUGUGAGCCUAAACCAGGAUGUUACUCAAAGGAAAUAAUGGUAGAAGUUGUUUAACAAUAAUGUAAGAAGGCAGUAUGUUCACAUUAAGGAGAGAAAUGUUCUUACACCAAACAUUAAACUGAUUUUAAACUGUAUUUUUCAUAUUAUAAUCCAGUAGGGCACAGGUAUGGAAAGAGUCAUCAGUGGGUUAUAAAAGGCCUGUUAUGUUCUUCACAGAAUCUCAACCCCUUUAAACAUUUUUUUUUUUUUUUAAUAUUUCUAAAAUGGUUUCACUGUCCAGUAUAUUCAAAAGUUGUUUAUAAUUGUCAUGUUCAUACUCGGUUGUCUUGUAGUUUUGUGUGAAGACCUAGAUCAGUGGCUUCAAGGGAACAGGGUAGGUUGCCAGACUAAAUCUAUUAUUUGUAGAAAGCAUAACAUAUAUCCCUGAUUCCCUACAAAGCAGUUCUGUGCUCUCACAUACCCAAUUCCAGACAGGCCAUGGGGGUAUCUGAAGAGCCAUCAGUAAGAAAAUCUCCACGUUUGAAUGAGCUUGUCUCCCUACUUGUCGCACUGGCCGGGUUUCCUGGGCAGGUUUUCUCUCUUUUCUAAAUGCAUGCUGGGCGUACAUUUCCCAAGGAAACACACUGAAGCGUUGUGUUAAUUUGGAUGGAAAAGGUGCCUCUGGAACUCCUGUCACUGUGCAGACUGUUGGCUGGAUAUUUUGUGUCCAUUUUAAAUUAUUUAAAUUAAUAAAACAUUGAAACACCAGAA